AUGGCGGCUAGGGAUCUCAAAGGCAAUGGCUUCAUAGGAAUCCAAGCUUUUCAUAGAGGCAAUACUCUUUACUUUUUGAACAUCUAUUUACCCUACCUACUGACUGAGAAGAGAAGAAUGUGGAGUGAGAUUGUUGAAUGGAAGGGAAAAUUAAGGGUUGGGGAGUGGAUAAUUGGGGGAGACUUUAACUCAGUUAAACAUUGUGGUGAGAGGGUGGGAAGCAGUAAUAGAAGCAAUAGAGUUGAGAUGGAAGAUUUUGCUUCUUUAAUUGAUUUAAUGGAAGUGGUUGAUCUACCAACCAUAGGAAACCAAUUCACUUGGUUCAACUCAGAUGGGAAAGCAAAGAUCAUGCUUGAUCAUUUCCUUGUACCUAAAGGCAUCUUAGGUUCAUGGAAACUUGUUGCAUAA